AUGCUGCCUUAUCUCAAAGAGCGAAUCAAAGAUUCGCAGUGGGAAGUCCGCAAAGUUAUCGUCAACACCUUUUACUUUAUUCUCGCAAAUCAUUUGGACGAAGUGGACACCGAUUCGAUUCGUUGUCUCAUCGAACGAACAAUCGACAAGCGAGUCGAAGUGCGGCGAUGGGCGAUUUCAGCUUGUAUCAACACUCUCAAUUUCCAUCUCCGAUCGUUCUGGAACAAUACCAAACGGCCAACGCGCGCUCUUACCACGAAAUUAGGCGGGAUGUGCGGCGUUUUUCUCCAGUGCUACGGUGUUUCCAACGACGAAACAAGAAAUCGAUGCUGCGAACUGUUGAACGAUCGCCUGAUCGAUGAAUGCAAUUCGGAUGAGGCGGUGGCCUUGGCGUAUCUGUGGUUCUAUGAACAAUUGCAGAAAUCGAACGAUUUUUUGGAGUUGGAGGAUUCGGUCUCCACGAUGAACGCGCUGCUUCGAACGUACAUUUCGGACUGGAAGAAGUGCAUUGCAGAAAUCGCUCCAACAAUUGGUGAAGACGACGCUGUGAGCAAGCUUCUCAUCCAGCUCUCGCGCGCGUUGAGCAUCAACCAAGGAUCAAGAACCGCGCCUGUGUACACAACGACGAACAACUGUCUCUACACGCUCUACAACCUCUCUGCGCCCUCUCUGGAUCUUGUAGAGCCGUUCGAUCAGGAGCGAGCCAAUCAAGUGAUGAACUGGCUUGACACGAUCAGCAGCCCGAUCUCGCAGACGGAAAGUCUGAAAGAAGCAGCUGACGGUCUGAAGGCGAUUCUGAAAGAGCAGCCCGAGGGAACGAAGCUUCGCUCGCAGUUCAAAGCGGUGUUUCCGCGCUUCUACUGUCGAUUCUGUUCCUCGGAGUUGGUUUUCAUGUAUCUGAAAAUGGUGAACGAUCAUCCCAAUUACCGGAGUUCCGCGUUUGAUCUGUUGCAAGUCAUCGCGGAAGAGAGUGGCGGUGUGUUUAUGUGCAGCGAUGUGCAGCUCGGAUUGUUCGGUCUGCUGCACCACUCGCUCACAGCGCUCGUGGAAUCCAAGCCCGAUUCGUUGGAGGAUGUGAAUGGGAAAAAGAAUGGUCAUGCGAUGCGUCAUCGUCUGCUGAAACUGAUCGCCACUUCGUCCAAGUCCUUUGAAUCCUACCCCUAUGCAUUGCUGAAUAACGAUCCCACUGCCGAAUGGAAUCCCGCGUACACCUCCGAGCUGCUUCCUCUCUUCGACGUUCUGAUCGACUCGAUCGGGAAGUUUGACUUCUGCGAAGUGAAGCACGCGGUUGUUCUGCUCAGCUAUUUCUGUCGAUUUGUGUCCUCGAGUGACGAAGAUGUGAACCAGUCGAUCCGAAUCAAAUACAACGAGUGGAUCGAGGAGUUUUUCUCGCAUGUUCCCUACCAGACAAACGCUUCCAUUUUGAAAAUCCAGAUGAGUGCAGUGAAUUGCUUGCUGAAAGUGGACCAAAGCUAUCCGAAUAACAUCGGAAUUCGAGAUUUGGUGAAUCGAAUCAUCACAGAAUACGAGGCGGAAGCGAAGUCUUCAGUUAUGAAAUCGGAUGAAAUUUGUACUCUAUUCGUUUCGUUCCUGGGAAACUAUUUAGCUGCUUUAAAAAUGGAGGGCGAGACAUCCACGCGCGUGCUUGAUUUCCUCAACAAACUGCUGACGCUCGAACUGCCUUCGUUUGACAGACUCGAUUCGGAGUUGAGUAAACUUGUUCGUUACAAAGCGUUCGUUUCCCUGAUGAAAUGCGCUGCGAUCAAGUGUUACUCGCCGUAUUUCACACCCGAACGAUUCUAUUCGAUCGGAAAAACGCUGGAAGAAAUCAAAGACAUUGAUUUGGCGAAACGAGUCGUUUCGAAGCUGUCCGUUUUGAUCCGAGAGAAGCUCCUUCCCACAAAAUACGCUUCUUAUUUGAUGGUGUUCUGGUUCCUAAAGAACGAGAAGCUGCAAAAUCUAAUCAAGACGGAAUUGAAUGCGAUCAUUCUUCAACAACGGAAGUUUUUGAUGCUGUAUCAGUCGUCUCGCUUUUCUGUUUCGUCUCCGGACCAAUCGCCGAUUUAUCAGUUGACUCCCGAGUAUUCUUUAGUCUACUUGCUCCCGUUGCUCUCCCGAUUGUCUGCUUACAGCGAUCUCUCAGAUUCUCCCUCCAAGCUUCAAAUCAGAUGCGUUCACAUCGCGUUGAACUCGUUUAUCGCAUCGACCAACGAGAAUUUUGGAUUUGUCAAUGCGAUUGUAAACGCUGUUUUGACUCACCGAGAUCGGCUUCUCCCUUCUAACGACAUCCUUCAGCGACUGGCUACGCUCUGUUCGCAGUUGCUUCAUCAGCGUCUGCAGGUGAUGAAGAACGUGGAUGUUUCGUACAACGAAACCAUCCGAUUGCCUGCGCUCUAUUAUGCUCCCACAGAGCGAUCUGCCCGCAGCACGGCGGCUUCCAGCACAUUUUAA